AUGAUUUUCAACGCUAUUACCUUGGCCGCUGUGCUGACAGCCACUACCGUCUCUGCCCAUGGCGAUGUUGACCGCGAGAUUGCGAUGCGCUCGGCCAUGCUUGAGCACACCGCCCGGGACUUGAGCCACUGCGCUACCAAGUUGAAGGCCCGCGGUUUUGAGGAGCGUGCUAUCCAGAGACGUUCCGAAACUCGUGCCAAGCUCAUGAAGAAGCGCAACAUUAGAGCCCGCGAUGUUGAUUCCGUCCUCGCUACUGACCACAACGAGACGGCCCUUGCUUACACGCUCGACACCGAUGAGAGUGUCAUUUUUGCCUCGAAUGGCUCAUGCACUCUCACUCCCGAGGGAGAAAGUGGCCCUUACUAUGUUGGCGGAGAGUACGUCCGAUCGGACUUGGUUGAGGAUGUCGAGGGUGUUCCUGUCCACUACGAGUUCCAAAUCCUCGAUGUCGACACCUGCGAGCCAAUUGUUGGUUCCUACUUUGAGAUAUUCAACUGCAACUCGACCGGUGUCUACUCGGGCACCACCAACGCCGGCAACGGAAACACGGCCGACACCAGCGUCCUCGACGAGACCUGGCUGCGCGGACUCCAGCUCACCGACGAAGAGGGCGUCGUCCACUUUGACACCAUCUUCGCGGGCCACUACACUGGCCGCGCGACACACAUCCACACGCUGCUGCACCAAAACGCCACGGUCCGCGAGAACGGCACCGUCUUUGACACGUCCUUUACCCACAUUGGCCAGACCUUUUGGGACCAGAGCGUGCGCGACCAGAUUGAGCUGCUCUACCCGUACAACACCAACACGCAGACCGUCACCCAGAAUGCCGACGACAAGGUCUUUCUGGUCGAGGCCCCCACCAGCGACCCCGUCUUCCGCUACGUCCAGCUGGGCGACUCGAUCGAGGACGGUUUCCUGGCUUGGAUUGUCUUGUCUGUCAACACGACUCUGUCGACCGAAGUUAGCCCCGCUGCUACCUACUAUGAAAGCGGCGGUGUCGAGUCUGCUUAG